AUGUAUAAAAUUAGCGUACUGAUUGGCAUUUUUGUGAAUUUCGUGCGUGGUUACACGGUCGAACCAAUUUCAUCAGAAAAAUGGUUACAAGCAUAUUCGCCCUAUUAUAAUGCUGAAACUCAAAGUCUAUAUUUUUGUGAUUUUUUCGAUUCUAAGCGCACAAUUAAUAGAUUUGAUAUGACCGAAAAUCGAUUUUAUUCAGCUGCGAUUGAAGGAAACAUUUCAACAACCUUCAUUAUUCCGAUUGAUAAACAGAUCGACCAAUAUGCGAUUAGCAAUAAAAAUUCCGUUAAUGUCGUGCAAUGGAAUGGAAAAGAUUCGAUUAUUCGUUUUCUUCGUGACACUUUCACCGUAGAAACAGGAUCCAAUUAUGAAUUAAAUCAGUAUAAUAUGGGAAGAGCUUCACCGAACCGAAAUUUUUACGGUGGAACGUUCACGUUGGAUCUUUGUAUCAAGCCCAGAACUUCAAAUGCAGCACUUUAUCUUUACACAAAAUGUUUGGGGGUCAAAGCUCUUGAAAGAAAAAUUAUGGUGGCAUCGGGCAUGGAUUGGAACAUUAAAGCAAAACUGUUUUACUUCAUUGACACAUGCCGUUAUCAAGUUUAUGAAUUUGAUUGGAAUCCAGAAACGGAUGAGAUUUGCAACAAGCGUAUCGUAUUUGACUUCAAAAAGAAUGGCAUGGGACAAGGUGUUUUUCCACUGGCUUUAACUAUUGAUGAUGAAGGUUUUUUGUAUGUUGGACUAUUGUUUGGCUCUGCUGUUUGGAAAAUUAAUCCAAGAAAUGCACAAGUUACAGAGAUCAUUCAUAUACCUGCAGAGAUUGUACUUGGCUUGGUUUUUGGAGGAAAAAACUACAGGACGUUGUUUGUUACAACAGGAAGCACAGCAUACAAUUUUACAACCGGAGGCUUGAGUGAUGGAACAUUUUCACAACAAAGCGGCCUAAUUUUCAAAGUCAACGGUUUGAAUGCUAGAGGUUAUCCAACAAGAAAAAUUAUCGUUUAAUCGUUACUCAAAUACACAAAACAAACAGAGGUUUACGUUUUUCCAUUCACGUAAAGUGUAUGUUUUUAAUAAAUCUCGUCAAAAUA